AUGAAGCUGAGCCCGUUGUGCUGGCCCCUGUCCUGCCUCCUUGUGCUGCUGCUCUGGCCUCUGGCCACUUCAGCAUCAACGACCCCUUGGCAGUGCCCACCCGGAGAGGAGCCCAACCUGGACCCGGGGCAGAGCACAUUAUGCAGGUCCUGCCCCCUGGGCACCUUCUCAGCCUCAUGGGGCUCCAGCCCGUGCCAGCCCCAUACCCGCUGCAGCCUUCAAAGGAGGCUGGAGGCCCAAGUGGGCACAGCGACUCAAGAUACAUUAUGUGGAAGAUGUCAGUCUGGGUGGUUUGGCCCUUUGGAGGUACCCCAUGUUCCAUGUCAGCUGUGUUCCUGGGCACCUCUGGGUACUCAUGGCUGUGACACGUGGGGGCGGCGGGCCCGACGUGGCGUGGAGGUGGCAGCAGGGGCCAGCGGCCGUGGGGAGACGCGGCAGCUUGGGAACGGCACGCGGGCGGGCGGCCCUGAGGAGACGGCUGCGCAGUACGCGGUUAUUGCCAUCGUGCCCGUCUUCUGCCUCAUGGGGCUGCUGGGCAUCCUAGUGUGUAACCUGCUCAAGCGGAAGGGCUACCACUGCACGGCCCACAAGGAGGUCGGGCCUGGCCCUGGAGGUGGAGGCAGCGGGAUCAACCCCGCCUACCGGGCUGAUGACGCCAAUGAAGAUACCAUAGGGGUCCUGGUGCGUCUGAUCACAGAGAAGAAAGAGAACGCGGCGGCCCUGGAGGAGCUGCUGAAAGAGUAUCACAGCAAACAGCUGGUGCAGACAAACUACCGGCCUGUGCCCAGGCUGCCACCGGCCCCCCCAAGAAUGCCACACAUCUGCCCACAUGGCCACCACCUCCACACUGUGCAGGGCCUGGCCUCACUCUCUGGCUCCUGCUGCUCCCGUUGUAGCCAGAAGAAGUGGCCUGAGGUGCUGCUGUCCCCUGAGGCUGCAGCUGCCACCACUCCUACUCCCAGCCUCCUCCCCAACUUGGCCAGGGCUCCCAAGGCAGGACGCCAGGGCGAGAUCACCAUCUUGUCUGUGGGCAGGUUCCGUGUGGCUCGAAUUCCCGAGCAGCGGGCAAGUUCAGCAGCAUCUGAGGUGAGGACCAUAACAGAGGCCACGCCUUCAGGGAGUGAUCCCCCCAACUCCCCACAACCUGGCCUCCCCCCUGAGCAGCGGGCACUGCUGGGAAGUGGUGGAAGCCAUACGAAGUGGCUGAAGCCCCCAGCAGAGAACAAGGCUGAGGAGAACCGCUAUGUGGUCCGGUUAAGUGAGAGCAACCUGGUCAUCUGAGGGGCUGCCUAGUCUGAGGACACUGAAGCCUUCCCCGGGAGGUUGUGAAGGCUUCCAGGAGGAGGGAGAGCUGCAGCUGGGACUGUGAGGACCACGAAACAAUGGCCCAGCAGGCAAAACAACAAAGGCCAAGGCCUGGAGGUGGGAGCGUCCACCCCAGUGAGGAGGCAGGCAGGUCGGCGGGCAGUGUGUGCAGAAGCAGGUUGAGCCCCGUGCCUGUCCCUGCUGCCCCAGUUCCCCCCUGCAGGAUGGCCCUGUCCCCUGUGGCUGCCUGGGCCAGAUCCUAGGAUUCCACAGGACUCUGUACUACCAGAAGCCUGGGCUUGGCAGAGUGGAGGGGCCCACGCCUGGCUCCCCUGGCCCCACACCUUGGUAAUUAGCCCCCCCC